UAUUGACAGACACUUUCCUAUUACUUUAAGAAACGAUUGCUUAGUAGGAAUUUGGUCGCCGCGAAAAUUUAUCAGCUCACAGUUAUUUUAAAGUACUCACUGUUUCCUCUUGUUAGUGUACACCUCUGAGGUGUGUCCCGAUGUCCCAGCCACAGCCUGGCUGAUCCUAACAAACGAAUUCAAUGAUAUCUGCUUAAUCUUCCUCUUUCUCCAGCUGACGGCUUCCUGUAAUGUCGGUUUGGGGAAUCCUUUAUUGACGCUGUGUCUAGACUAAAGAGAUACGGUUCUUAUUAUUUCCUCAUCCGUAGGCAUCGCAAAGAAUACAUUUUAUUUGUGAUCAGGAACCAUGGGUAACUGUUUUAGUUGCCCCGAUGAUUCAAACGGGCCCAUUGGCGAUCUGAGUGGUGGUUCACGAACCCCACAAGAUCCCAAUGGUACCCUGCCGGAUUCCCCCGGGAGCGUAUUACCCAUCACCAGCCCACCGCUGACCAUGGGCAAUGUUACACCUUGUACUCCUACAGCCACUCAACCAGAUACGCCUGUAGAAGUUUUCGGGGGUUCUCAGAUGAAAAUAUUUGUUGCCUUGUAUGACUACGAUGCUCGAACAGAUGAAGAUUUGAGUUUCAAAAAAGGAGAACAUUUGGAAAUAGUGAACGACACGCAGGGUGACUGGUGGUAUGCCAGGUCUCGGACUACUAAGCAUGAAGGAUAUAUACCAUCAAAUUAUGUUGCAAAGCUCAAAAGUUUAGAAUCAGAGCCAUGGUACUUUGGGAAAAUACGCCGUGUUGAAGCAGAGAAGAAAUUGCUACUACCUGAAAAUGAACAUGGGUCAUUUUUAAUAAGAGACAGUGAGAGUAGAAAGAACGACUAUUCUUUGUCAGUUCGUGAUGGAGACACAGUCAAGCAUUAUAGAAUUCGGCAACUUGAUGAAGGAGGUUUCUUCAUUGCACGAAGAGUCACAUUUCGUACACUGUCAGAAUUGGUGGAACACUACAGCCGGGAUGCUGACGGCUUGUGUGUUAAUCUCAGAAAGCCUUGUACACAAAUUGAGAAACCUGUCACAAUGGGUCUUUCCCAUAAUACUACAGACCAAUGGGAAAUUGCUAAGCAUUCUCUAAAACUUAUCAAAAAAAUUGGUCAUGGUCAGUUUGGCGAAGUAUGGGAAGGUUUGUGGAACAACACAACUUCAGUAGCUAUCAAAACAUUAAAACCUGGGACAAUGGAUCCCAAAGACUUCUUACAAGAAGCUCAAAUAAUGAAGAAACUUCGACACAGCAAAUUAAUCCAAUUGUAUGCUGUAUGUACCCAGGAUGAACCAAUCUACAUUGUAACUGAACUUAUGAGAAAUGGUAGUUUACUGGACUACUUACAAGUGUCGGCAGUUGUAGGAAAGGGUCGUACACUGAAGUUGCCGCAACUCAUUGACAUAGCUGCUCAAAUUGCUAGCGGCAUGUCUUACUUGGAAUCCCAAAAUUACAUCCAUAGGGAUCUGGCUGCCAGAAAUAUUCUUGUUGGCGAUAACAAUACAGUAAAGAUUGCUGAUUUUGGUCUUGCUAGAGUGAUAAAGGAGGAUGAAUAUGAAGCUCGUGUUGGGGCAAGAUUCCCCAUCAAAUGGACUGCCCCAGAAGCAGCAAAUUUCAACCGGUUUACCAUCAAAUCCGAUGUAUGGUCAUUUGGCAUUUUACUUACAGAAAUUGUCACCUAUGGACGUGUUCCUUAUCCAGGUAUGACCAAUGCUGAAGUCCUGCAUCAAGUAGAACAUGGUUACCGCAUGCCAUGUCCACCUUGCUGUCCUAAAGCCCUCUACGAUAUUAUGUUGGAAUGUUGGCGUAAAGAGGAAAUGGAACGUCCGACAUUUGAGACCUUGCAAUGGAAGCUUGAAGAAUUCUUUACCAUGGAGGGUACUGAUUAUAAAGAAGCCGCAGUGGUGCGAUAAAAAUAAACAAUACUGGCGAACCUGUCUGAAUUUAUAAAACUGUUUAUAUAUAUAUAUAUAAUAUUAUAUAUAUAUAUAUAUUAUAUAUAUAUAUAUAUAUAUAUAUAUAUAUACAUAUACAUAUAUGAAAAGAAACAUAAUUGCUAAGGACUUUUUUUUUAAUGUGUCAUCUAAAAAUCGAUCCCCUAAUCCCCUCAUGAACAGUAUUUUUUUGGUGGCUGAAGUGAAUGUAAUUAAACAGCUGACUCCAUGCAUUGCUAUGACCUAGAACAGAGUAUGGCGAGACAUUCUGCCUCUCCUUUAUCUUUCACCGAAGAUGAAGAAUGUUAUUGAGACAUCACUACGAAGAGAUGCGGUGGGUAGAGCAGCUGCGAGUUGCGUCCCUUGUCUUAGGUCUACCCUGUUAGUUCGUUGUCUGCCAGCUUUGUUGUACCACAUCACUGUCGAACUGAUUGUUUCUCAGAGAUGAAGGAUAUUAUACGUGAGCUAGUUAUUCCCAUUGUCCUCUCUGUUUUAUGUUUCCUUCCAUUUAAUUAAAAGAAAAAAAAAAAGAAAAAGGAAUAACCAAAUACUAUUGUA